UCGGAUGCUGCUGCCGCCUCGGCGGCGGCGGCGGCUGCCAGCUCCGGGGCGCUGUAACUGUCACGCUGCACCUGAGCUGAACUUGAAAAGAGAGUGAAGGGGCGAUUGGGCGACAGCUUUGGGCAGACAUAGGGGUGCUGGCCGACGGAGUCGAAGAGGAUCGCCAUUCACGCCCCCGGUGCCCACCGCGCCAUCACCUCCAUUUCUGCAAAGACCGUCCAAGGAGCAGAGGCGGCGACCGGACUCCCCAAGACAGACGAGGGGGCAGCGGCGGGGACUGUGUCUGCAAAGCUACAACAGGUCGCCUUUGGAGACUCCUUUGGCGGGAAGGUGCACUUGGAGAGGGAAGGCUCAAAAACAGGAGGAGAGAAGAGAGAAGGGUUUUCAUCCAAGGACUAUCACUGAGCACCUCCUUCUUGGUGCUCCUCCGGGCAUCCCGACCCCACAUCACCCAAACGGUGUGUCUUGGGGGGCACAAACACCUGUUUGAAGAAACUCCUCCUCCGGAGUCUCUCGGGUGCUGGUUUCCCCCGCGUGGCCGGGUUCCAGUGCUGCAAGAGGUCUGGACAGGUUCUGCCCGUGGUGAUGGCUAUGCCCCUGUGAUCUUGCUGCGAUCUCCCCGAAAUACUGGUCUUCCAAGGCAUCCUUCCCCGGUGAGUACUGCAGCUGCACCCGCCCUGCCUGGGAGUCUCUGGUAGAGACAGUGUUUUCAUCACCCAAGAGAAAGAGGGCGUUUGUGGCUACUUGGCCCCACUGUCGAGGCCUGGUCACCUCUCUUGUUGCCUCUUAGCCAAGGAACCAUGGCGGCAGGGGUGGCAGCCUGGCUGCCCUUUGCCAGGGCAGCAGCCAUCGGGUGGAUGCCCGUGGCCUCUGGGCCCAUGCCCGCGCCCCCCAGGCAGGAGAGAAAAAGAACUCAAGAUGCCCUCAUUGUGUUGAAUGUGAGUGGCACCCGUUUCCAGACGUGGCAGGACACCCUGGAGCGCUAUCCGGACACGCUGCUGGGCAGCUCCGAGAGGGACUUUUUCUACCACCCAGAGACGCAGCAGUAUUUCUUUGACCGUGACCCGGACAUCUUUCGCCACAUCCUGAAUUUCUACCGCACGGGGAAGCUCCACUAUCCUCGCCACGAGUGCAUCUCGGCCUACGACGAAGAGUUGGCCUUCUUCGGCCUCAUCCCCGAAAUCAUUGGCGACUGCUGUUACGAGGAGUACAAGGACCGCCGGCGGGAGAACGCCGAGCGUCUGCAGGACGACGCGGACACCGACAACAACGGCGAGAGUGCGCUGCCCACCAUGACCGCUCGCCAGAAGGUGUGGCGGGCCUUUGAGAACCCCCACACCAGCACCAUGGCCCUGGUGUUCUACUAUGUCACGGGCUUCUUCAUUGCCGUCUCGGUCAUCGCCAACGUGGUGGAGACCGUGCCCUGCGGGUCCAGCCCCGGGCACAUUAAAGAGCUGCCCUGCGGUGAGCGGUACGCGGUGGCCUUCUUCUGCCUGGACACGGCCUGCGUCAUGAUCUUCACCGUCGAGUACCUGCUGCGCCUGGCCGCGGCGCCCAGUCGUUACCGUUUCGUGCGCAGUGUCAUGAGUAUCAUUGACGUGGUGGCCAUCCUGCCUUAUUACAUUGGGCUGGUGAUGACGGACAACGAGGAUGUCAGUGGGGCCUUCGUCACCCUCCGGGUCUUCCGGGUCUUCCGUAUCUUUAAGUUUUCCCGCCAUUCUCAAGGCCUGCGCAUCUUGGGGUACACGUUGAAGAGCUGCGCCUCUGAGUUGGGCUUCUUGCUCUUCUCGCUUACGAUGGCUAUCAUCAUCUUUGCCACGGUGAUGUUCUACGCGGAGAAAGGAUCCUCGGCCAGCAAGUUCACCAGUAUCCCUGCGGCCUUCUGGUACACCAUUGUCACCAUGACAACGCUCGGGUAUGGAGACAUGGUACCCAAAACCAUAGCAGGGAAGAUCUUUGGCUCCAUCUGCUCCUUGAGUGGGGUCUUGGUCAUUGCGCUUCCGGUUCCAGUGAUUGUCUCAAACUUCAGCCGCAUCUACCACCAGAACCAGCGCGCCGACAAACGGAGGGCGCAGAAGAAAGCCAGACUGGCCAGGAUCCGGGCAGCCAAAAGUGGAAGUGCGAACGCGUACAUGCAGAGCAAACGGAAUGGCUUACUCAGUAACCAACUGCAGGCCUCGGAGGACGAGCAGCCCUUUGUGAGCAAAUCCGGCUCCAGCUUUGAAACCCAGCACCACCACCUGCUUCACUGCCUGGAAAAAACCACGAAUCAUGAGUUUGUGGAUGAACAAGUCUUUGAAGAAAGCUGCAUGGAAGUCGCGACCGUCAAUCGCCCUUCAAGCCACAGCCCCUCUGUCUCAUCACAACAAGGAGUCACCAGCACCUGCUGUUCACGGCGACACAAAAAGACUUUCCGCAUCCCCAAUGCCAACAUAUCAGGGAGCCACCGAGGCAGUGUGCAAGAACUCAGCACGAUUCAGAUCCGAUGUGUGGAGAGAACACCACUAUCUAACAGCCGGUCAAGUUUAAAUGCCAAAAUGGAAGAGUGUGUGAAACUAAACUGUGACCAACCUUAUGUGACUACAGCAAUAAUAAGCAUCCCGACCCCGCCCGUCACCACGCCCGAGGGAGAUGACAGGCCAGACUCGCCUGAGUACUCAGGAGGGAAUAUCGUCCGCGUGUCCGCUUUGUAAGCCAGUCUGCAUCAAGUCUACAAGGAUGUGAAGAGCAUCCUGACGCGCGGAAGAAAGAAUGAACGAGCAACUUUCUGCACCAGCAAAGCAAGAAGGUUGGUGGGGAGACAAGAACAUGGCUUGCAACCUUGAGGCUGUGACUUAAAAUGACCAAAUGGCAUUUCGAGACUGAGCUUGACCAGGUAGACACCGGAAAACCAUGUCAUCCUUUGACUUUGUGAAUGAGCACAAGGAAAUGCCACUUUCGAUGCUUCUUGUGAUCAGAACUCUUUUUUAAUAAAAUCAACCUUUGAACAUCAUGUUCCAGUUGAAUGCAAAACAAAACAAAAAAAAUUGGAAACCAUUUUGAUAAAUUUUUUUCCUGUGAACACCAUGAACAUUGGCUAUGAUGAAGAUGCUUACAUUUAAAGAAAGACAGAAGGAAGGAAAACACAUACAGCGCACGUGGAUUGACUGACAGAAACACCAUCAUAAUGCAUGCUAGAGCUCUUUGGAGCCGUCACCUCAGUUUCCUUAUAUUGUAUUCAGACCAGGCAUGAUAAACUCUUUCACUGUAGAGCGAGGGAAUUCCUGUGCACUGACAACACACUGGUUGCUCAUGUCCUGCGGCGGGCUGCGCACAUAAACUCCUUGUAGAGCUGCACUCUUUCUCCUGGGGAUGCUCCUUAGUACAGCUACUGUGUUCCGAUAGUUCAGUAUUAAUGGUCCUUCCACCAUGCACCUACGUACUGUUACAACUGCAAUAAUUCAUUGUACUCCUGUUGUAUCAGGAAUCAGGAUUUUUAUUAUUGUUUUGGAUGUUAUUGUACUUUCUGGAUCUUCAUAGACACAGUAACAGCCACAUUCAUAGAAAAGAAUUCUGCGGUGGCCAGGUUUUUAGGUAACUUUUUAAUUCCCCAACGACUGGUGCGCCAUCAUGUUGUAAAGUGAUACCCUUUGGCCCGCUGGAUCCCGGUGACACAGGGCAAUCUCUGUUCCCGUAUUUCUAUCGCACCUUUUGAAUGGCUUUCACAUCAUCUACUGGACUCACCUUUGGAGUCCCAUUGACUUUCACACUUUUGUAUUUCCCAACAAGUUAGCUGGCAUGUCGAUUACCCUCGCCAGGCCCCUUAUCACAACUUAGGGAGCACAAACCAAAAAAAUGAGUCGACAUCUAUAAAUUAUCUCUAGCCUCUAUGCUGUCAAAGACAAGCCCAGCUCUCACGAGACAUUUCAUGAAAAGAGUUGGCUGGGACUCAUCUCACAGGAUCGAUGAUCCCACAAUCUCACUUGAUGUAUUAUUUAUUUUGCUUUAGAUCGCAGAUACAUUUUGAGAAUAACUAAUAUGAACUGAAAUGCGGAGAAAAACUGGAUGGCUUUCCUUAGCAAUGGGUGGGGGGGCACA